AGGCUCGAGCUCAUGCUUUCCUCUACUGUUGUGGUCUUUCCAUUGCGGCCCCCACCCAUCGCCCAUCCCUUUUCACCUCUUUAUAAAUCCUGACUUCAUCCGACAGCAUCGACAAUCCCGUCCACUGGAGUCGUCUCACCUGGCAUUCGAUCUCUGGCCGUAGCUCCCGCACAGUUUCGAUUCCGGCUAUUUUUGAGUCUUUGAAUCAACUUCCUUGUUGUAGUUGUGGGUUGCGAAUCUCGGCUGCAAGCUGGUGGAACUUCCGCUGUUCGAUCGCUUGCAUGAUGUGUGUGUCGUGACGACUGUGUUGCUGGUGAGUGGUUGGUGCCUUCGACAGAGAAUCGAUCUCUUGAAGCUUUUACAGACGACAAUUGCAAUGGCAAUGUUCAUGCUGAAGGGAGGCCUUUCCAUUGUGGCGCCAUCUGCGCGGUUGUGCGCAGUUGCUGGCUCUAGUAGCCGCUUCUCGACUGCAGUCGAAGUUUCAGCCACUACCACAACUGCCGCAAAGACCAUUGCUGUACCCACUGGACAUGGCACCGCCGUCGAACAAGGUGAUCCGACGUUCUUGGAAUCCGUAGACAUUUACUUCGAUAAAGCCGCAACGAUUGCCUCGGCGACACCUGACAUCCUUGCCCACAUCAAGGCCUACAACAACAUUCUGAAAGUGCAAUUUCCUCUCAAGUGCGCAAAUGGUACCGUGGAGCUCAUCGAAGGUUAUCGUGCACAGCACUCACACCAUCGACUCCCCGUAAAGGGAGGAAUCCGAAUGGCUCCGAACGUCGAUGCUGAAGAGACAAUGGCACUCGCAGCUUUAAUGACAUUCAAAUGUGCUGUGGUUGACGUGCCCUUUGGAGGUGCGAAAGGUGGUAUUAAAAUAGACCCUACGAAGUACUCCGCGAAUGAGAAAGAAUCAAUCAUAAGGCGUUAUACUAGUGAGCUCGUGAGGAAGAGCUUCAUCGGGCCUUCCAUUGAUGUACCAGCUCCUGAUUAUGGAACGGGUCCGCAGGAAAUGGCUUGGAUCAAAGAUACUUAUGAACACCUCAAGCCAAACGAUAUCAAUGGUGCAGCAUGCGUGACUGGAAAACCUUUGGAGGAGGGAGGAAUUGAUGGAAGGCAAGAGGCUACAGGAUUAGGGGUCUUCUUUUGCUUGCGAGACUUUCUCGACGAUGAGGCUCUGGUAGAUAAAUUGGGCUUGACGACUGGAAUUAAGGGGAAGACUUUUAUCGUGCAGGGUUUCGGGAAUGUGGGUCGUCACACAAUUGAUUACAUAUAUGAUGCCGGAGGAUUGAUCACUGCGAUUGCUGAAGUGGAUGGGGGAUUGGUGGCCGAGUGUGAGAAUGGGAUAGAUAUUCCUGCCUUAAAGGCCUACCACAAAAAGAUGGGCACCAUCACCAGUUUUCCUGGUGCAAAGACAGUGAAAUUUGCACCAGGCAUCUUAGAGCUUCCCUGUGAUGUGUUGAUACCUGCCGCUCUGGAAACCCAGAUCCACUCUGGAAAUGCAGGAAAUGUCAAGGCAAAGAUUGUGGCAGAGGCUGCAAAUGGACCAGUGACUCCAUUGGCAGAGACGAUAUUGGAAGGCAAAGGCGUUGUCAUCUUACCCGAUUUAUUGCUCAAUGCUGGAGGAGUGACAGUCUCAUACUUCGAAUGGCUGAAGAACUUGAACCACAUCCAUUUCGGACGCAUGAGUCGACGGAUGGAAGAGAAAGGACAGAGAAUGCUCAUCAAUGCCCUGGAGGCUGAGCUCGGUAACGGCCACAAGAUCUCCCACGAGGUCCGGAGCCAAGUAGUGAAGGGGAAUCGAGAGGUGGAUUUUGUCUGGUCUGGACUGGAGGAGACGAUGCUGCUGAGCUGGGAAAACGUGAAACGAAUCUCUCAAGAGAGGAACUGCAACUACCGAACGGCGGCAUACCUGAUAGCCAUCGAGAGAAUCGCCACCAGCUACCGCGUGAGUGGGAUCUUCCCUUGAUUCUGGACCUAGAAGCUCGGUGCCGCGGCCAACGUCGACGAAGCUCUUGUGACUCAGCAGGACAUACAUGCCCUUCACCAGCCUGCGAAGUUUUGUAGAAGACGUUACCCCCUCGUUCUCACUCUCUGUCUGUCUGUCUGCAACUGUCUUGGUUGUUCCGUUGUGUCUAGUUUAGUCUUGUGGUAGUUAUAUUCAAACCCACUGGGCUCUACAUAAAACUACCCUGUUUUUGGAAAAAGGUUCUGCGGUGUUAUUUUUAUGUGCACUGUUGCCAUGGAGACUAGCAUCUCCAUCACCCAUCUCUCCCAAUGGCCAGAAGCUUGUUCGACUUGGGUGAUAAUGGAAGGAUUUUACGCCAACGUCACAUAAUUGGGUAUCAAUCAAAUAGUGUGACCAACUUCUACAAAGUUGUGUUGUAAUCACUUCGGUGUUUGCACUUAAAUAUAAUAGCGUCUUGCACGCUCCGAGUGAUGAAAAGAAGGAU